AUGGACAAGAGCAGCUACGGCAUGGCCAAGUUCGGCAUGGAGGCCAAGGCGGCCGUGCCCAAGCGCGACUGCGGCUUCUACAUGAAGUACGUCUUCCUCUUCACCUCCCUCAUCCAGUUCCUCAUCAUCCUGGGGCUGGUGCUCUUCAUGGUGUACGGCAACGCGCACGCGGGCACCGACACGCACCUCCAGCUGCUGGAGCGGCAGAUGCAGGAGCGCUACGCCAAGAUCAUCACGCUGAGCGGCCGCAACGCCAACCUCACGCGGGCGCUCAACGCCACRGCCAAGGAGCGGCAGGCGCUGCAGCUGCAGCUGCACAAGGUGCAGCGCGAGCUCGACAAGUGCAACAGCAGCCAGGGCUCCGGCGCCGGCAAGCUGCAGGAGAUGAUGAGGAUCAUCUUCUACCAGAAGACGAAGCUGGACGAGUGCCACAUGACCAUCAGCCUCAUCAACGCCAGCUGCCAGGCCGAGAAGGCGACGCUGCGGAGCCAGCAGGACCAGGCGGCGCUGACACGGCGGGAGCUGGAGGAGCGCUGCGGCAAGGCGAGCGCGGCGCUGGCGGCGGCGAGCCGCGCCGGCGAGGGCUGCCAGCGCGAGCUGCUCACCACGCGCACGGGCUGCGACGCCACGCGCUCCCAGCUGGAGCUGCAGCAGCGCGAGUGCACCACGCUGCGCGACGACGUGCGCUACUCCUUCCAGCGCAUCAAGGAGCUGCUGGGGCCCUACAGCUGCAGCGGCGCCCAGGAGCAGCUCGGCUGGCUGGCGCAGCGCACCGAGGGGCUCUUCCUCUGGCAGCAGGAGCGCGACGCCAAGUACGUGGGCAAGACGGUGUGCACCAUGAUGGUGGCGCAGUGCCAGCUGAACUGCUCGCACGACAAGCAGGACCUGGGCAAGCGGCUGCAGGAGGCCGAGAAGCGCGCGCAGAGCAGCCAGGAGGAGCAGAAGAAGCUGCUGGCGGCCAAGGAGCUGCUGGCCAAGGAGCUGGAGGAGAAGRGCCGGGCGGCGGCGCAGGCAGCCUAUCUCAAGGAGCAGCUGGGCAUGUGYACAGGCUCCAAGGUGGGCACGGGGUGGCAGCUCGGAGUCUUCCUGGACGCGAGCGGCGCGCGGGCGGCCGCGGGCGGCACCUUCGGCGCGCGGCCCGGCGCCUUCGGCAGCGCGGGCGCCUACGUGGGCGCGGACGCCCUGCGCCCCCCCGGGGUCCUCGAGAGCAUGGGCAGGAUCAACGCGGAGGAGAUCCAGCGAGCCGUGCGCAGGAUCAUGGAGCAGUACGUGCCGCCCAACCCCAGGUGA